CUUGGCCCUUUUGCAAAAAUACACAAACGUGUGGAAUCUCUUAAUUUUAUUCCCUUCUCGCCUUUUCACCUGGAGAUUGGCUGCUCGGGCGAAUGUUGUUUUUCGCCGCAGCCAUGUGUCCAGGGGCGAUUAACACUCACUUGACAAAAGCCCUUCCCGGGCCUUUUGGGGACCGCACGCGCCCGCCCCGGGCUGGCGGGGAGGGAGGAGGCCGCGCUGACCGCAUAAAGCCCGCGGACCGCGGCCGGAGUCAGCACUGCCCGCCAUGCAGAGCGCGGAGGCCCGUGGGGCGGGCCCGGGGCCCGCAGGCUUCUGGAGACCCUGGGUGGACACCCGCGGCGGGACGCAGGCGAUGCCGGAUGGCCCUGCAGUGACCGAAGGCUCGGGAAAGCUCGCCCAGGCUGGACACCCGGUCAGACUAUUUUGGCCAAAAUCAAAGUGUUAUGAUUACUUGUAUCAGGAAGCAGAAGCUCUUCUGAAAAAUUUUCCAAUUCAAGCUACAAUUUCAUUUUAUGAAGAUUCUGAUAGUGAAGACGAAAUUGAGGACCUGACCUGUGAAAAUUAAUCUGAUUAAUAACUUUUGAAGACAUUCAAAGUUUGUAGAAUUUAAAUUUAGUGUAUAAAUGUAUCAUAAUCCUUUUAAAGUAAUUUAUUUGUAUAUAAAUUAUUAAUAAAAUGAAAUAUUUUGUAA